AUGAAAUACGGAAUAGUCUUUCUCGUCUUUGCUUGUCUAUGUUUACUUGCAUCUGCCACAAUUGAAAUUUUAUACCCUUCGUCAACGUAUUGGCUGGUGUCUAACAGUACGGCGAUUAUAAUGUGGAACUUGACCGAUCCAAGCACUGACCCCGCUCGCUUUUCCAUCUUUUUGACUAAUUCUAAUAUUCCUGAUUUGAAACAAUAUGCCUUGCUCAAUAAUGCAAUAAGCGCAGACCGAAACAUUUCGCUCUCUGUACCUGAUUUCGUAACCAGAGGCGUCGUUCCCGGCUACCAACUCAUUUUCACCAACAUUUUCGAUAUCAGUAAAGUCUAUGCAGUGUCGGAAGCGUUUGAAAUCAGACCAAGUGGCUCUGUUCAAUCAGUAUAUAAACCUCCCCCACCGCCACAAAGUCCUAACAACAGUACCAAUACGACAACUGGGUCUGGUAGCGAUAGUUCUGGAAACAAUAAUAAUAAUAAUCCAAAUAGUUCGGGAGUAGUUGGCGUGCAAAUAUGUUCAACAGUUUUGUUUAUUCUUGCGGUUUUGGUACUCGUGAUGAUGUGA